AUGCCUGAUACACUGCCUGCUAGCGAUAAUCCAUGGCUUGUAUUUUUGGGUCAAGGAAUGAACCAAACAAAUCAGCAUCAAGGCGGUAACAGUGAACUGGAUGCUACACAAAGCAGUUCUACUCAGAACGUUAAUGGAUCACAGGCAGAAGUCCCACAACAAGUCUCUACUACAAAACAAAACGGCGAGGCAGCCAAAGACACCUCAUCGCUAGACACUCCAUCAACUUCGAAGUCUUUGUUUGGAGCAUCACAUACAUCACGGUCACCGACGCUGCUGACUACUGCGACAGAUUCCACUACAUCAGGAGAAGCUACCAUUUCUCCUGAUACACCAACAUCCUCAAAGGAGGCAGUAAUGCGGUCACCAGCAGACGAAGAGAUCAGGCAACGGAGGUUAAGGAGGUUUGGCGACGCUGGCAGUAGUUCGGAAGAUCAUUGA